CAGCGGUUUACCAAAGAAACUCACAUGUUCUCAAACAAAAUGGAGGAAUAUCRAGACAUUAGAAAACGGCUAAAAAAGAAUCGCUAUGUCUCUAGUAAUAAGAAGCGUCGAGUGGAGUAUAAUCUCGCUGCAGGAAUGMGAGGAGUUUUAAUAACGUGCAACGAAAAGAAAGAGCGACACAGUGUAAGAGAAGCUUACAACCUCCUUAACGAAUAUGCUGAUAAAAUCUAUGGCAAGGAAGUAAAAACAGUAACUGAUGAUUGCAAUUCCUCAAGUGAAGAAGAUGACAUUGAAAAAGCAAUAGAUAAAGAAAAGCAACAGAUGAAACGUGAUUUUCAACGAUUCCAGUCAGUGAAGUGUGGUGCUAAAAAUGUUCUCUUCAUUAAAACUGCCUUACCAAAUGAUGAAAAUCCAAAUGAGCUGGUUCACACAAUGUUAUCUGAUAUACUAGAAAAUGGCUUGAAUAAGUCCAGAGAUUGCAUGCGAUGCCUUCCAGUAAGUACAACUUGCUAUGCAAGCAUGAAGGAAAUUGAAAGUACUGCAGAAAACCUGUUCAGAGAAUCAUUUCUAGCUUCUGAUGCAAAGCCAUGCAAGUUCUGUGUAGUUUAUAAAUCAAGGAACAAUGAUAGUAUACACCGUGAUGAUGUCAUAGCUGCUUUGGCACAGAUAGUGUUGCAUUCUGGUAUGGAUCACAGCGUGGAUUUACGUCAUCCAGAUUUAACAAUAUGUGUUGAGAUUGUAAGGACGAUAUGUUGUCUCAGUGUUGUGAAAGAUUUUUAUAAACUUAAGAAAUACAAUAUUCAAGAGAUACAGAAAUGCUCUCAAGAUAAGUUGACCAAACCUCCAGAUGAAACUGAAUUGGGGAACAAUAAAUGCAGUUCAGAUAUCUCAAAUAAAACUGAAGAGGGACAGACAAAAACUGAAGACAAAGAGAAAUUCAAGGAAGAUGAAAAAUGUAGCCAAGUCAUUGAUGAUGGAACAGAAGACAAAACAGGUAUUAAUGUUACAAAAUAAACAAGAACUAAAAAAUUAGACUCCACUUUCCUAAGCAAGAAAAAUGCAUAUGAACAUUCACUAAAUAAUAUAACAAACUGCAUUAAACAUAAAGACAAAUUACACCUUCAUUCUUGUAAACAAGGCUUUAUACAGACGUCAAAGACACAGAUUAUCAAUAACAUUAAUUCAUACUUUUGACAUCAAUAAUAAGUAUUUUUAAUUAUACAUGCAAGUUUAGUCUACAGGAAUAGAAAACAAACUAUCGCUCAAAUUAAUCAUUAGCCAAAGAACGGUAUUUCACUGAUUUUACAUAAUGACUGGUCAAUGGAUUAUGUUCACACCUAUCUGUGUUUACUUUGUGGAGUUGUAAACAAGAAUCUUUUUUUAUUUAAGGUUGGUUUUAUGCUUAAAUUAUGUAAUAUUACUUUAUUUUGUCACUAUGGGGGACUUCAGGAAAUGUGUAGUGAUAAUUUUUAUAUCAAAGGCUUAGGGUUAAUGCUUCAUACUGUGUUUUUGUUCCUUUGGCUUGUAGGAAUUUUAUGCAUGUUGCUGAAUGACAUGCGAUCAWUAUUUCUUAAAAAAUUGAUCAAUUKCUUGGCAGUGAUAAAUGUCCUACACUUUGAAUGAUUUAUCAAUGGAUAGAAUAUUCUUAAAACCAAUUUGUAGAAUUUUGUAAUGCAUGAUCUAAAUUAUGUUAAUAGUAUUAACUUGUAAUUCAUGCAAAUUACAUGAUAAUGAAUUAAACAUAAGCAAGGUCAAGAAAAUAUGACAAGUUGAAUUUGAUCAUAAGACAAGUGAACACCCACUCCAUCAGAUCAAGGUUGAAUCAGCUAAAAAUAAAAAUAGUCUUGAGGACAUUGYACCUUACAGCAAAC